UCAUCUGUUUCUAACAAAAAGACUUCACACUCAUCCGGCGUGUUUGGGACCAACGACGAUCGCGGAGAAACAAGUUUUUCGAGCCCGAGACCCGAACUGAAGCCAAAACCGGAGGAAAUGGACCUUAAGAAAAUGCUUUUGCGAGAGCUGGACCAGCGGUCGCCGAAAGACGUCAAGGAGCUGAUUCUGGACAACAGUCAGACCAGUGAUGGGAGAAUUGAAGGUAUCACAGAAGAGUUCUGCAAUCUGGAGACGUUGAGCCUCAUCAAUGUCCAGCUGACCACUCUAGCAGAUAUUCCCAGACUGGAGAAACUGAAGAAGUUGGGGCUGAGCGACAACAGGAUAUCGGGGGGUCUGGAGGUUCUGGCCGAGCGGCUGAAGAACUUGACGCAUCUUCACCUCAGCGGCAACAAGUUUAAAGACAUCAGCACCCUGGAACCACUGAAAAACCUGCCUCAGCUGAAGAGUCUGGACCUCUUCAACUGCGAGGUGACCAACCUGGCCGACUACAGAGAGUCCAUCUUCAAGCUGCUCCCCAACCUCACCUACCUGGACGGCUUGGACAUCGACAACUGCGAGGCGUCCGACUCUGAGGGCGAGGUGGACGGAGCCGAGGACGACGACGAAGGCUGCGACUCGGAAGACUUUGAGGAUGAAGAGGAGGAGGACGAAGAGGACAUCGUGGCAAUAGAGGAUGAUGACGAAGACGAUGACAGCGGGGAUGAUGAGGACGGACACGUCAACGGAGAUGUUGACAGUGAUGAAGACGUGGACGAUGAAGAGGACGACGAGGACGAGGACGCAGACGACGGCUCGUCUCCCGCCAAAGGAGAGAAGAGGAAGAGGGACCAUGAAGAUGAAGACGACAAAGAUGACGAUUAGUAAUUCCUGACAUCUCUCGUUCUCUCGCCAACUCCCGUGCUGCAUUCCAUUUCUCCAACUGGUACCCUCCCACUGACGCCACACGUCACUAUUUUUUUGUUUGUGUGUGUGUUUUUUUUUUUUUUUUUUUUUUUUGUCUCCCCAUAACUGACAUUGAAACAUAAGUUCACCUUAAAAGUUUGAGAAGACAUCAUGUGGUUCAGUUUUGUAUCGUCGAUGUCGCUGACGUCAUCCCAAAGUUUCUCAGGACCUAAAGCUCCGACUCUUAUAUAAACGCAUCUCAAGAAGGUCGUUAAGUGUUUUCGUGACUAAUUCGUAGAACAGUCGUUUUUAUACUUAGUUGAGAUAAGUAUGCAAUGGCAGAGGAGGUAAUUGCACCCAAACGUCCCCCAACAAACCAACCCAAGAUGUCAUCAACCCCACAGAGUGCUCAGGGCAAAAUGUUUCCAGUCUAUUUGAUCUUUUUUUCUUUUUAGUCUUUGUUUACACUGACUAGGGUUUUUUUUUUUUUUUUUUUUUUUUUUUUGUACUUUCUGUAAGUUAAAGGAAAAAACUACCAAAAAAACAAAACAAACUAAAAUGGACUUUGUAAAUAAAAUCUUAACAUUUUGCUUUUUGCUGUCUCAUAUCUGGAUUGAUUUCCUGGAGCUUCGUCAGCCCCUCAAAGGAGUUGAACACAAGAAGUGCACAAAUAAAGUGGGUUGUUCCUUUUAUUGUUGUGGUUUGUGCUGAAAAGCGAGCGUGUCAGCUGUCACCGCGUCGCGCUCGGGUUGUUGUUGGUUUGUCUGACUUCCUGUUCUAGCUCGGCGAUCCUCACCUGUCAGGUGGCAAGAAGAGACACAUUAGUGGGCAGCUAAGCCGUGCGGUCGUUACGAUGUCACCAAGAUGGACGCCAGGGACCGCGUGUACUGACGUCUUUUUGGUCGAGUAUUUCACGGAGACCUCGGAUCUCUUCUUGCUGUUUGUAGAAUGCUUCACGGAGCUGGGGGGGGGCGGGGAUGGUUGUCAGAUUCUAAACUGUUUAUCCACUAGGGGGCAAUUAAACUGCGACAUUCUUUGAUCAUAUGCAGGUUUUUCCCGGCUCAAAUUUAGCGGCAGUGGAACUAUUCUCAUUAGCAUGUGUACAUAGGGCGUGGCUCCACAAGUUCAAACAGUUUUUCUGUAAGGUAUUUGCAUGUAUCGUUGGUGUUUGUUUUUUGUAACGCACUUGUUGGCAUCUCAGCAUGACAAAUACGAGCUGCUUUUAUGGGACAUUUCUGAGAAGUCAAAACCACAAGAAUUUAAGAUUUUUAUUUUCCGGGGUAAUCAAAUUUGCUUGGUUACAAAAGAAACUAUUUUGAAGAGCCCUGAACCCAUUUGCACAUUUGCAGCUGGAAAGAAAAAUGGUCACUCUUUUUCUAAAUAUAUUAUUUAUUUUUUGGGUUGGUGGAGAUUUUACAACGCAAACUCCGAUUGUUUGUGAUACAGCGUCGGCCUGUUACCUCAUCCUGUGUGGUGGGCGGCGGCCUCUCCGCAGGCUCGCAGCAGUGGGGCGUGAUGUCGUACGUCCACAGCUGUGACUCAUCUGACUGCCAGCCCGACAGCAUGUCUGUGUCUCUGUGAUAUUUGGCAUCCUGGUAGGCCAGCUGUUCCUGUAGGAAGUUCUAGUCAACAACAAAAAAAAGAUGAUAAGUUUUGUUAGGGUAGCGUAUUUGCCCACGAUGCCAAUGAUAUAAUGGGAUGUAGUGUACCGCUUGUUACACAAAAAAUUCCCACCCCGAGUUAGUACCUUCUCCAUGAGUCCCGGGGUCGAGCGGGGCAGUGCUUCUGUGGUCGGCCUCUUGGUGUACCAGCUCCUCCCAGCGAGGCUUUCUGGGUAAGGGUUGACCGCUCGAAUGCCAGGAUGUAGAGACAUCAAGACUGGGCCUGCUGGAGGCACAGGAGGAGUUUCUGCUGAGUCAAUGUGGGAAAACCACUGUCCUCCGUCUUGGCUCGGAUGGGUCACUGACCCCUGUUGAUUCCCGUCAGCCACUCUUGAGCCGUCAUGGCGGCCCGGUUUCCCGCUGUCAUUGGAUACAGAUCCUCGUGGAAUGUCGCCGACUGACGGAGCAGACAAAACAUUUGAUGCUUUCUACAUUUGCAACUGAGCUCGUGAGUUAGAUCAACCUUCUUGCGCGGUACAAUCAUUGACAGCGGCUCCACCAGGCCUUUGACAGCGAUCAGGCGAUAGAAUCGGAAUAUCUCGCAGAUGUUGACGUCCAGGCCACGCUUUGGCAUCACCGCUGCGCUGCCACGGAGGUUAUGUUUAGCGUAGCACAAAUGAAAUCAUCAGCCCUUUGCAAAUUCUUAAACUUCCUGUGCAAGACUAAAGUUUGUGAUGUUUGAGUUCUGCCACUGAUGAUUUGGUAAGGCUUUGUUUUGGAGAGUAGCCAACUGAUCUAAAGACUGUCUUGAAUAGUUUGAACUUUGAAUUAGUCUUGGCUGGUGUUGGUCCGUAUCUCACCGAGUCCUUUGUGAGGCAGCGGGGACCUAAACUCUGUCAGGAAGCUGAUGUAAGGUUUCUCCGAACUCAGCUCGUAGUACCUGAUGUUCCCAUCACCCUGCAGCACACUUACUUUAGCUGACAUUCUACUAUUGGUCUGCAAUGAUGAUGAAAAGCAAUAGAAGCAUUGUAAGGCAUGUAUUGAUUGAAAUGGAUGCGCUGACCUUCCCAGCCAGGUAAAGCAUGUCAGUGUCUGGAUCAAAGAACGGGAAGAGAACUCCUGCAGAACCGUCCAGAUCUUCUUCGUACAGAGGCUCCGACAAGUCAUCCUGCUCACAAAAAAAACAAAAAAACACAAGAUGCUGCUGCUUCCUUCCUGUCUUUUAGUGCAAUCAUACACUACUCGGCCCCCGUCAGGGAUAUACAGCUUUCGGGUGAAGCUUCAGGAUCAAUCUAAAAUGAACUAUGUCCUUUACAGGAGACCUUAAUUUCACAUUCUCUAAACUUUUGAAUGUACUUGUCCAGCUGUUCAAUGUUGACUUACUUUUGGCCUAACUUUCUACUCUGUAAAAAGGAACUGAAGUUACCGGGUCCCAGAGGACGAUCUGUCUGUGGUUCCAGGGCGAGCAACCGGUGCUCAGCAGCAUCUUCAAACCUCUGAUGUACACAACCUUGUUGGCCCUGUGAUAUUUGUUGCAGGACACCUGCGGCACCAGCACACAAGGUCACGUGUUGUCUCCAG